AAUUAUUCAAGAUGAACAAAUAAAUAAUCAGCAUUUGGAUGAUGCGACAUUUUUAGUUACAAGAAAUGAUAUUCGAGUCCAAUUAAAUUUUGAUACUACCGUAGAAAAUGCUCGAAAACGAAAUAAGUUACUUAUCUAUUCAUGUGCAGAAGAUACUUAUUGUCGACAUCCUUUGAAAGGAAACAUGCGUAAAAAAUUUUUAUCAGUAUCCGAUACAAAAGAAAAUGCACUCAGUGGAAUUCUACCUCUUUUUAUUGGGAUGAAAGUUAUACUAACUAUAAACAUCUGUAUUAGUGAUAAUAUGGCGAAUGGUACUUCUGGAAUUAUCAAACAAAUAAUUUAUCAUGAAAACUCUAUUCACUUUAUAGAUCAAGAUAAAAAAAACCAUGAUUCUCAAAAACCCCCCUAA